CGGGACGAUAUUGUAGCUGACUCUAAGGACAAGAGAGGCAACGGAGCAUGAACUCGUAAACGUCACUUCCUGACUGUACCGACAGCAAGCUGAAAUUUCAUUCACAGCCCUAAACAUCCGACAGCGAAUCGUCGCAUACCGUUUCAAAUAACGAUCGGCAAGUCGAAGCCACUCACAAGCAUACACGGGCACAGUUUAGCUGCAAAAGAAGCUGAUGGCGAUCUUGAAAUUAUGACUGCUGCGGGAUAUUCUUGGCGCUACUGCAUCCCGGAAGCUUGUUGUCGCAGUCUACGACGCGGUAACCGAAUAUGGCAUCGUAGUCUACGACGCGGUAACCGAAUAUGGCAUCGUGUUGGACUGAACCCCCGUCAAAGCUCUGGACCAUAUGUAGAACAAACCAGGGAGGUGUACCUAAGAAACGUUGGAUAUAUAUAUACAUAUACAUAUAUGGUAUUGUGAGACACUUGUGGAUCGCUGGAAAUUUGGACACGAGACGGAUUCUAGGUAGAUGUUGGCUUGUCGAAUGCUAUAUAAGACGUCCUAAUACCCUUCGAAUUAUCUCCAAACAGCAAUCAGAUCUGUCGGUGAAUUCCUCCUCCAACACGCCUCAAGCCGCCAAAAGUCUUACAUUGCCAAAAUGGUCGCCCUCAGCAUCUUCCUCGGCACCGCCGCCGCACUCGCAACCCUCGCCAUCGCGACGCCAACAACCACCGCCCCAACUACAACAGAAGCCCUCGAGCCGCACCUCGACAUAAUCAUGGUCGACAGCCCGCCGAGCGACCCGACGCGAUUUCUCCCCAGCGUGCGCUCGCCGCUGUCGAAGCGCCAGCACGAAGAAUGCUGGGACAACCACAUCACCAUCCGCCAGAAGCAGGAGGCGUACGAGAACGACUGCGAGGUGCUGUACGCCAGCAUGGAGCGCUCGCACACGACCAUCUCUUUCGCGCCCAAGCAGAGCAAGGACUUCCACACCAGCCACCGCAUCUGCAAGCUCACCGUCCGCAAUCAGCAGGAGGACGGCUGCGGCGUUAAGACGCAAAGCGUGAACCGCGCCACGAUCGGCAAGGCCCUCGAGGAUACGCUCAGCUCGUGCUCGUCGCUGGCGCAGAAUAGCGGCUGGGGGUAUAUCACGGGGAAGCCGAAUCUGGUCUAUAUUGUCGAGCCGGAUCAGAUUGCGCCGCCUUCGUAUUCGCCUAGUUGCGAGGAUGGAGGCUUCCCUGGCAGCGGUAGCGGCGGCAGGCGUUAAGAUUCAUUAGUGGCUGGGGAGACCUAUUCUGGUGGAUGAAACCUGGAGCGCGGAAAUCUAUUCGAGGCGUAGCUUGCAUAUCUAUUAAUAAAUUGUUGGUGGAUCGGAACAGAUCUAUUGUGUGACUGCCCAUGACGUUUAUUAUUGUAGUCACAGCAAGUGUGAGAGAACCCUCACAAAAGGGAG